AUGCCCUCCCCCAGCGAGUCCAGCCGCUCGCUGACCGGCCGCACGUCUCUCAGCCUCACCCACCUCCGCGUCCAGCGGACCUGGCUGCAGAUCCUGCUGGUGCUGGGCUUCAUCCAAGUGAUCCUGGGCGUCCUGAUCGUCACCUUCAGCCUGGUGGCGGCCACCAUCACGCCUUCCGCCAAGAUCCGACACUCCUGCCCGUCCUGGGCCGGCUUCUCGGUGAGUCUGGGGCAGCACGUGGAGGGCGUCUGCGGCUUGACUGUCCUCUCCACCAUCAUCUGCACGCUCUCCGCUGUCGUGUGCUGCAUCCAGAUCUUCUCCCUCGACAUCGUCCAUGUGCUGGUCCCCCAGCGCUCGAGCUCCGUGACGCUGGAAUGCACGUCCCCCCCCGACACCUUUCUGCAGAGCAUGAUGGACUUUGAGGAGUUCGUCCCGCCGGUGCCACCACCCCCCUACUACCCACCCGAGUAUACUUGCAGCUCCGAGACAGAUGCGCAGAGCAUCACCUACAACGGCUCCAUGGACAGCCCCGUGCCCCUCUACCCGACCGACUUCCCCCCCUCCUAUGAGACCGUGAUGGGGCUGCGGGGAGACAGCCAGGUGGGAGAUGGGGGGCUGCAGGCAGGGGAGGCUCUUCGCGGAUGCUCUUCACCCACACCCGCUCCGCUCCUUGCAGUCUCCAUGGACAGCGGGUCCCUGAUCAUGUCUGAGAUCAUGGACAUCCCCGGGGACAGCAGUCCCUCGGAGGACUCGUGCCUGCUGGAGCUGCAAGGCUCCAUGCGCUCCGUUGACUACGUCCUCUUCCGCUCCAUCCAGCGCAGCCGCGCGGACUACUGCCUGAGCGUGGACUGCGUGCAGUGCAGCCACCACGCGCGCAGCCCCACGCUGGGCUUGCAGGGUCCCUUCGAGGAGACGCCCCAGCCCCGGGUACGGGGGGAGCGCUCCUACUCCUGCUCCACGGCGGAGCCCGCCCACGACGGCAUCUUGGUUGGGGGAGCCGUCACCCACAGCUGCAAUCAUUUCAGGGAAGUACUUUAUACCAAAGCACUGGAGGACACCGCGUCCAACUCCUCUGCGGAUACAGGGCUGUGCUCGGAGGCCUGCCUGCUCCGCCGUUCGCACUGUGACUCCCCGCCGCUGCUCCCGGGGGGAAGGACAAAGCCGCUUCCUCCUAAGAAGGUGACGCAGCAGCUGUCGAAGACGACAACCCGUUCGCUGGGGGACCUCAAGGUCUGCCGGGGCACCCGCGGGCUGGUGGCCAGGUUCCUGCAGAGACCCAAGCGCAGUCCGGCGGCCGGCAUGGAGGUGCGCCCGGCCCUGUAG